ACAACAACCGCAACCAUGGGCGCUACAACACGCCGGGGCAUUUUGUCCCGGCAAAUUCCGCUGGCGAGCGCAGCCCUCAGCAUCAGACCUUGGCGCUGGCAUCACAAAGUCACCAGCUAAUCUCUGACUGAGCUCAGAUCAUAUAAAUGCAAUAUCAUAGAAGAUUUAUGCAUCAACGAAUGCUUGUCAAUCUCUAUGAUAAUGUUAUAUGAAAAGAAAAAUUUGGUAUAUAUGUACAUAAUGGGUUUGCGCCUCUCAGAGCAUAGCCAAGGAUGAGAAUGCGUUAUGUACAUGAGACAUAGGUUUUGUGUACAUAUAGAUUUCUCUAGACUAAGUAUAGUAACCUACUCUACACUCCUAGAAUGUAACUGCCGUCUGAUGUUGUACUGGAAUGUAGAUAACCACUUACAUAUGACAUUGACAUAACUGAUGAAAAGAGUUACAUCUCUUAGUUGUCUUCUAAGAGAUGUAACUCUUUAUAUGGUUUGAUUAUGUGCAAGUGGUUGGUAAUGAUGUUUGGUGCAACUUCACUGGGUGGUCACAUGUUAGGAACAUAGAGGUUGAUAGUAAAUGCCAGCUGCCCUCUUGUGUGCUUGUUGACGUAUGUGUCUUGAUCUUUUGUUACCAAUAAUAAAUGUAGCAAUUUUAAAUUCAGUGUCACAAACAUGUAAACGUUGCCUGCAACUUGAAACAUGCCUAAAAAUUGAUCGUUCACUAAUUUUCACAGAUCAUUCUCUCUUCUUUAUAUAUCUUGGUAUACUGCUAAGCUAGCAAAAGAUUGUUCAUCAUAAAGUUAAUAAUUACAGAGUUUGUUUGGGUUACAAAAAGAUAUUUGUAGUAGUGAUAAUUUGGUAAAAGUUUAUGUGUGUGUUUGUGUGUGUGUGAUGUAUGAGAGGUAAAGGGGGGCAGGGGCAUUGCUGUCGAGGCUACAAUGCCCGCUGACGGUUGCUGCUGCGUCCAGGGCGCGUGGCCGUCCGACAACCAGGACCACCAGCGGCGCUCCACCCCGUUCGAACCCAGCCGGACCCAUGAGGUCGAGGAACCCAAAGUGGAAAAACCCGCACAAAAUAACUUCCAGGACGAGGAUGAAGAAAUGAAGAAAGAAGAAGACAUCAACAUGUCCACUGACAAUACUGACACAACUCGCCCGCCCUGGAUGAAGUCUAAAUUAGCUGGAGUGAAGAAGAUCAGCAACAAGGAGCGGCGGCGGCGGCAGAACGAGACGCUGCGCCGUCUGCUCUCGCCCAAAAACGCACUCAUGGUGCUCAACGAGAUGCUGCCAAAGGACCAGCUCGCCUCCAAUUUCAAAGUGGAGACAGUGAUGAGCCCCAACCAGUACAUGAAGCCGCACUCGUACCGCGCCAACCUCACACUCGAGGGGAACAACUACAAGGGAUUUGGUGAGAACAAGCUGAUGGCGCGCAAUGCGGCGGCGGAGCAGGCAAUACGCGACCUCAUCAUCAAGAAGAUGAGCAAGGCCAUCACCAAUGAAGUGUCAGGUGCAGGCGGUGCCGCCACCAGCAUCGGCGAGGAGACGGAGGAGGAGCCGCUGCCGAUGAUCCAGCUGGCGUCCUUCGCUCUGCACAAACUGUUCUGCGAGUGGGAGGUGGAGGGACACAAGGUGCCGCAGCUGAAGCCCCCCACUUCAGCGCAACUGUCGGAAUGUGAGUUCGCCCUGGAGGUGGAGUCUGCAGGGACGCGAACUCCCCGCGGCUCCAAGAAGCCGAAGACCCUGCCGGCGGACGCGGGCGCCAUGCACCCCUGCAUGCUGCUCACGUACAUGAGGCCCGCGCUGGAGUACCGCGAGCUGCCGGCGCAGGGAGACAGACCUCAGAACAUGAUCUACACCUUCGCCCUCGACGUCGACGGCGCCACAUACAUCGGCAAGGCAUCCAACAAGAAGGAGGCGCGUCGUUCUGCGGCGCAGGCGGCCUGCAAGGCGCUCUUCGGAGUUGAGUUCAAAAACUCCGCCUCCUACACCUCCUAACUCACCUCCUACCUCACCUCCUAACUCACACACACACAAUAAGUGGAGGCUUCCAUUGUCGUAACACUUUUUAAAAAACACUAAUCAUUCUCAUUGAGAAAAACAGACAAUAUGUUGUCAUACAAGUAUUUAGACAGUGUAAUUUCACAGUAAU